AAGCUGAUAAAUUGAUUGAGUAUUGUCGUGUCGUCUAAGCGAAGCGGUGGUUGUAAGCGGUCAAAAAAAAAAUCUCAAUAUCGUUUAACAAAUUUCAAAGAUUUUUUUUAGAAAAUCAGAAUUUAAUAGAAAAGCAAUAAAAAAAAUAAUAAGAAAAUGUUGAAAUUUGUGUUAAUAUUGAGUGUGGCAUUGGCUUUGGUGCAUCAUGAAACAGAAGCCUUUAAAGUGAUUUCUAUAAAUACAGGUUCAGCUCCUGCUUCUAGUACAGCCGCAGCUCCUGCCCUAGAUCCCAGUGCCCUGCUGCAGGGUGUACAGUCUGCCUUGGCCAGUAAACUACAGCAGAUACAGGCUUUAGUGGGAGCCUUGGUGCAGCAAAAGACAGCCCUGAAGCAAAAUGCUUUGAAUUCGCUGCAAGGCGCUUUGGGCGGUGUCAAGAGUCAAGUUCAAGGCUUAGUGGGUCAAUUGCGGCCACCCAUUGUUAUACGCAAACAGAUUUACCUGGGAGCACCGCCGCCAGCAGCCACUCCCGCAGCAACCACAGAGGCCGAUGUCGACGAUGACGCAGCCACAACCAAAAAAGAAUAGAAAUAAAAAACUAAAUUUUUCUUCCUUAAGUUUAACGACAUUUAGUGUGAUAAGAUUUUUGUUGGAUAUAAUCACGACCUGCGUACCUAAUCGAAGUGAAUAAUUUUUAUUUGCCUUAAUGAAGAACUGUGUAUAUACGAUAUUGUUUCGAAAAUUUUAUUAAAUACAUUCAUUCAAAUCAAAAUAAGAAAA